CUCGGAGGCGGACUCGGCGCAGGAGCACGAGCUCCCCUACCGUUGAACAAGAUUAUGACAACGUGGUCUAAUACUUUGUCAUCGUCUUCUGGGGUUCCGCCUGUAAUUAUAGUAGAAGAUACAACUAAUAGUUGUAAUACAACACGAACACCCACCUCCCCGAAGGAGGAUCAAACCAAGUCAUCUGGCGUUGCCCAAAGUCUUGAACGUCUUCGCGCUGACGUUCGCGAUAGUGUACCAGCUUCAGAGCACUUUUACAUAGCAUCUACUCGUCGUGGAGAUCAUGGCAAUGUUCUGAAUAGAGCUCACCUUGCAGGAGCAGCUCCAGAGGGUGAGUUUGCCUUUGAGGGCCUUCAGGGUGCUAGUGGAGAGGAGCCACAUCUUCAAGGGACACAACCUCGUCAACGACCCUCAUCAACAAGUUCUUUUAAGAGCCGAACUUCUGCUACCAAAACCAAAUCAUCCUAUGAAGACUUGAAGCGACUCAGCAUUCUGCAGCAAGGCCACAAUGUAUUGGAAGGAGGUGCCGCGCAUAGAAGAACGACUGCUUUUGAAAAUGUGAAGAAUGAACUCAUUUCAAGGCAUAAAAGUCGUAACUACAGUACAUCAACUAGGGAACAAACGACAGCUACGGACCACGACCAGGAGAACAAUAUGGCAUCUCCUACGACGCCUCCACGUGAAAUAAAUCUAGAUCAUGGAGGACGAGAGAGAGGAGUAGAAGAAUAUGAAGAACAAGAUGCAGUAGUUGUGCAUGAUAUGCAUGAUACACGGCACCAGCAACAAUUACAACAACUAGCACAAGAGCAAGACACGAAAAUCAAAAAUGGUAGAGACCAUGACCACGAGUUGGUUCCUGUAGUACGCGUUGUUGUACCUGCUAAGAGCUCUCCUUCUGGAUGUGGUCCACGUCAAAAUGGUGGCAAACCCGAACAAGAAGAGAUCCUGAUCGGCGGUUCGCUACCUAGUGCACGACGUAGGAUAGAGGAAGCCAGGCGCAGCGCAAUGCAAGCAGUUGAUGCCGCAAAGAGGAGUUUUCGCGAAUCGGUGGCAUUACAUUCAGCACCGACGCCGGUGACGCCCAC